AAGAAUUGUUUUAAUUUGUAUAUUUUGCGAGGCGAGAGUACUCAAUAACGUUUCAUGUUAGCGUUUCUUUUUAAUGGAUACAUUAUAAAACAUAUACUUCAGCAUGGUGCUGUGGAUAGUGUUUUUUAACGUUGCUGUAAUUACUACCAUCUGUAAUCAACUAAUAGCUGGUGAUGAUCUGUUGAGUUCUUCUGAAAUAGCAGAUACUGCUAUUCCAUUGAAUGACUAUCCAAAACAAGUUUAUGAGGGUGUGAAGAGCACAAAGGGCAGAAAGAAAUCAUCUUUAUUUCCUGGAGGUUGCAGCAAACAACCGAAUACACCUUUAAAUGGGGAAAUAAGAUGUUCCAUGAACAGCGGAUGUAUUGCAACUUGUAAACACGAUUACGAAUUUCCCAAUGGAAAGACAAAGUUAGCUGUAACGUGUACAAAUAAGGAAUGGCAUAUUUACGGUACAGAUUGGAAUUCUGUACCUCACUGUGAACCAAUUUGUAUGCCAGAAUGCUUGAACAACGGAAUUUGUGUUGCACCCCAUCAAUGCGAUUGUCCUGGAGACUUCACUGGGCCACAAUGUCAAUUUGAGAAGAAACCAUGCUUAAAUUUUCCUGCUCCGGUGCUUAAUGCACAUAAAAAGUGCAACUCACAAUCGUGUACCGUAUCCUGCAUGAAGAAUUUCACGUUUCCGGAUGGCACUUCCGUCACUAAUCUCAUAUGCAAGAACGGAAAUUGGGAGCCCACCAAAAAAGACUGGGUUUCCAUACCUAAUUGUGAACCUGUGUGUGAUCCUCCUUGUCAGAAUGGUGGUAACUGUCUUCCAUCCAAUUUUUGUCAGUGUCCUCAGGCAUACAAAGGAUCCCAGUGUCAAUAUUCUACUGAUACUUGCACUGGAGAGAAAAUGGGUUUCAACGGAGGCUUCUUUUGUUCAAGCGUUGAUGAUACUUAUUCCUGUACUAUAAACUGUCCCGUUGGAGUAGAAUUCGAGUUUCCCCCAGCCUCCGCGUACAUUUGCAACUAUGAAACUGGCGUGUUUGCGCCUCAGCCAAUUCCUCAAUGUAAAUACUCCAACAAUGUAAUUUCCUUGGGAACUAUGUACAACUCCUAUGUUAAGGAGACUAAUCAUACUUGGACCUACCAGGACAUCUUCAAAUCUCAUACGAACCAAUUAUCACUUCAAGGCAAUUAUGGAAUCACGCAACAUUAUAGUAAUCAUGAAUCUAACAUGGUGACGAAUACGAUGCUCAAUCCAUUGGAGAAUAACAUACUGUUUAUUGAGGAGAAGAGACCAGUUCCGGAAACAUGUUUCACAUGGAGCGGAGUACAUUACAAGACUUUUGACGACAGUGUUUUCAGCUUCGACAGUGAAUGUUCUCACAUCUUGGUGCAAGAGGCGCAGAACAGACUGUUCACUAUAACUGUGGAGAACAGCCCAACUUGCAAAGAUCAGAACUGUUUUAGAAUCGUCAAAAUUUACAUUCAGGACAAGGAAUACAUUUUACUGCGAAACGAAGACGGUAUACCAGAGUUUAGAACCACAAAGCACCGGCUUCCAAUUCCAGCGCAGCUGUCUGUAUUGAGAGCUGAAACGUCUGCACACUUCAUCGUGGUAACUAUGGAUUCUUUGGGGGUUCGGUUGAAAUGGGAUGGAGCUCUCCUGUUGCAAAUCGAAACUGCAGAAAAUCUGUGGAACAAGACGAUCGGUUUAUGCGGUAACAUGAACGGCGAUAAACGCGACGAUUUAAUGAGCAAGAACGGAGAGCACACUAAAAGUGUUGCGUCGUUUGCUACUUCUUGGCGAACGGAAGAUAUCGGAGAAACGUGCGACGAAUAUCCAGACACUAAGCAUUCCUGUGAAUCCGACUCAUUGAUUACCAAAGAUGCCAUUGAAUUUUGUGCAAAAUUAUUUUCUGACCGCCGGUUCAAAGCUUGCGCCAAUACAAUUAACGUUGCUGAGCUACAAACAGCUUGUCUCUCGGACUACUGCUCUUGUUCGGACAUUGACAGAAAAAAAUGUGCUUGCGACACUAUGAAUGUAUACAUCAGACAAUGUGCUCACAAGAAAGUUGUGCCUCUGUCUGGUUGGAGGAACAAUGACACCUGUCCCAUGACAUGUAACAAUGGACGAGUGUACAUGCCGUGUGGUCCAAAAGUGGAAUCAUCCUGCUGGACAGAAGAAGAGAAGAAGCUAAAUACAGAGGAUUGCGAAGAAGGUUGUUUCUGUCCAGAAGGAACGGUAGCUUACGAAGGAAGGUGCGUUCAACCUCACGAGUGCCCCUGCAAGCUUCAUGCAAAAUUAUUCCAGCCUGGGAAAAGUGUGCAAAAGGAUUGCAACACCUGCACCUGCUCCUCCGGGAAAUGGAUAUGCACCCAAGCAAAAUGCAGUGCUAGAUGUGCUGUCGUCGGUGAUCCCCAUUACGUUACUUUCGAUGGGAAGCAUUAUGACUUUAUGGGGAAAUGCAAGUAUUAUUUGAUGAAGGGGGACGAUUACAGCAUCGAAGGUGAAAACGUUCCCUGUUCUGGUGCAAUAUCGGAGAAAAUGGGACUCGUUUCUUCCGACGCACCAUCUUGUACGAAAACUAUCACGGUCAAUUACAAAGGCACUAUCUUGAAAUUGAAACAACAUAGACAAGUAUUGAUCAAUGGAGAUGAUCUAACAAUGUUUCCUACAUUUACUCAUGGAAUCAGGAUACGUAUUGCAAGCAGUAUAUUCAUGAUCGUUCAAUUGCCGAAUGGUCUAGAGAUAUGGUGGGACGGGAUUUCUCGCGUUUACAUCAACGCUCCUCCAGAAUUUCAUGGCAAUACAAGGGGACUUUGCGGCACAUUCUCUGAGAAUCAGAAGGAUGAUUUUAUUACACCAGAGGGUGAUAUUGAAAGCACAGCAAUUGCCUUUGCUAACAAAUGGAAGUGUGACGAGUUCUGUCCCGAUAUCCCAGAUAAAGAAUCAGAUCAUCCCUGUGAUCUUGAUCCACAGAAACGAGCCACGGCGAAGAAAUAUUGCUCAUAUUUAUAUAGCGACAUCUUUGCUGAUUGCCACUGGCACGUAGAUCCAGAUACAUUCUACAAAGACUGUUUAUACGAUAUGUGUUCCUGUAAAGUUGAACUUGAAUCCUGUCUUUGUCCCAUGUUGGCUGCAUAUGCCAAAGAUUGUGCAAUUGCCGGAAUAAAGCUUUCGUGGCAUCAGAAUGUGGAGGAAUGUAAGAUUCAUUGUCCAGGAAAUGAAGUGUAUCAAAUUUGCGGAAAUAGUUGUACCAGGUCUUGUGGAGACAUAUCUUCUUAUCAGAAUUGCAAACAAGAGUGCGUAGAAGGAUGUAACUGUCCAGAAGGAGAAACGUUGGAUAUUCAUGGGGAAUGCGUUCCAAUUGGACAGUGUCCAUGCAUUUAUGGCGGAAUGGAGUUUAGUCCAGGGCAUAAAGAAGUCAGACCUGGAAAUAAAGCUCUUGAACUUUGUACCUGUACAGGUGGAACUUGGAAUUGUCGGGACGCAACACCGAACGAGAUUAGACAGUAUCCAGCAGCCAAGGACCUAUUAACAUCAUGUGUAGCAAGCAACAAUCAGGAAGUCACAGAGUGUGCACCGACAGAACCUAGAACUUGUCACAAUAUGCAUAAACCAAUCCAAAAACCACUGAUCUGUAAAUCUGGCUGUAUUUGCAAACCUGGUUACGUUUUGAACGAACCAAAUGGCAAUUGUAUCAAACAGGAAUCUUGUCCGUGUCAUCAUGGAGGUCAGAGCUACGAGGAAGAGUCUGUUAUACAAAACGACUGCAAUACUUGUAAAUGUACUAAUGGAACGUGGAAAUGCACUGAUAGAACAUGCGCAGGUGUCUGUUCUGCUUGGGGAGACUCCCAUUACAAGACAUUUGAUGGAAAACUUUACAAUUUCGAAGGAAUAUGCGAUUAUGUUCUUGCGAAAGGUUCCUUGAGCCAGGAUGAUUGUUUCGACGUGUCUAUUCAGAAUGUUCCUUGUGGAACAACCGGAGUGUCGUGCUCUAAAUCAAUCACUCUUACCGUCGGAAAUGGUCCAUCUUCGGAGAGAAUUGUCUUGACUAGAGGGAAGGAACUUCCAGUAGAUAAUUUCAAGAGAAUGGCCAUGAGAACAGCUGGGCUAUUUGUAUUUGUUGACGUGCCAGACAUGGGACUGACUGUACAAUGGGAUAAAGGGACCAGAGUAUAUAUAAGACUAGAGCCUAGCUGGAAGGGACACACGAAAGGGCUCUGUGGUGAUUACAACGAUAAUAGCGAGGAUGAUUUCAAAACGCCCUCAGGCGGAAUCUCAGAAGUGUCUGCUAAUCUGUUUGGAGAUUCCUGGAAGAAGAACGAGUUCUGUGCCGAGCCUAAAGACGUCGUAGAUCCUUGUGUACAACAUCCAGAGAGGAAUCUAUGGGCUGUGCAGGAAUGUGGAAUAUUAAAAUCACCAAUUUUCCAGCCUUGCCACUCCGAGGUUGAGAUAGAGAGCUAUUUCCGUAACUGCAUCUUCGAUACUUGCAGCUGUGAUACAGGCGGAGAUUGCAGUUGUCUUUGCACUGCCCUGGCAGCAUACGCCCAAGAAUGCAGUGCAAAAGGAGUUCCCAUAAAAUGGCGUAGUCAAGAACUCUGUCCCAUACAAUGUGACGAAAAAUGUAGCUCAUAUUCUCCUUGCGUUACAACGUGUCCUCGCGAAACCUGCGAUAACCUCAUGACACUGAAGGAUAAGGCUCAUUUGUGUUCCCAAGAUACUUGUGUUGAAGGAUGCUCUGUGAAAUCUUGUCCACAAAAUCAAGUAUACAGCAAUGACAGCUACAUGGAAUGCGUUCCCAAAGAAACCUGCAAAACACUUUGUACCGAGAUUAAUGGGAUAAUUUACUACGAGGGUGACAGUGUGAAGAGCGACGACUGUCAGAUGUGUUACUGCAGUCGUGGGAAAGUAUUGUGCAAAGGAGAACCUUGCACAAGCGUUACUGUAUCAAGUAUUACCAUGCCACUAGAGGAACCACAGAAAUGCGUGAAUGGUUGGACUGCUUGGAUAAAUCAGGAUCCAGCAAUUAAAGGGAAGAAAUUUAAAGAUGUCGAACCUUUACCUUCCUUAGAAUUGAUAAACGUUAAGGGGUAUGCUAUGUGUGACAAGAAGCAAAUGGUCGAUAUAAAAUGUAGAUCGGUGAAUGGUCAUUUCACGCCGAAAGAAACUGGUUUAGAUGUAGAAUGCAGUUUGGAACGUGGUCUUUAUUGUCAGUCUCAACCUGGUCUUCCUUGUAUCGAUUUUGAAAUUAGUGUUUUGUGCCGAUGUUCAGUAACUACUACAGAAGGACCAGAAAUAUCAAGUACGAUAAAAGCUUCGUACAAGCAAUGUGAUAUGGAGCAUCCAUACAAGUCUCAUCCUACAAAUUGUCAUUUAUUUUAUCAAUGUGCUCCCGGGCCCAGUGGUAAUGAGUUUGUAGAGAAAUCCUGCGGAGAGAACAUGUUUUACAAUCCUCAGGCGCAGGUCUGUGACUGGCCAGCUAACGUCAUGUCAAUAAGACCAGAGUGUUCAGUGGAACAGAGGACAACGCCGAAUAGAGUUGAAUGGACGAGUGACCAGGUCAAAUACAACAGCACCACAUUGAGUACCUUGGCGAAGAACAUUCUAACUACUAAAGUAUGCAAAGAGAGUGAAAUGUGGAGCGACUGCGCUAUCAAUUGCAACAAAGCUUGUGAUUACUAUAAAUAUAUCUUGGUGAAAGAAGGAAAAUGCGAUGGCAUUUCUGAUUGUGUACCAGGGUGCGUUCCACUGAAUAAACUACAAUGUCCAUCAAAUGAAUUCUGGAGGGAUGCGUUAACUUGCGUGGACGAGAGGGAGUGCACCUGCAGAUCUCACGAUGGAUAUCCGGUUAUUUCUGGCGCUGUCCUAAAAGAAUCAGAAUGUGAAAUCUGCCAAUGCAUAAACAACUAUUACACCUGUGACAGAUCAUUGUGUGCCACUGUAACAAGCAAAGUAACUACAGAAAAAUUAGUAACACAACCACUGACAGAAGCAACUACUGAAAAAUUAGUCACACGACCAUUGACAAAUGUAACUACUGAAAAAUUAAUUACACAACCAUUGACAGAAGCAACUACUCUUUCGAUUUCACCCUCGACUGGCAGCCAUACAAUUAUAAUACCAAGCACUGUUAGCCCACCUGCUUAUUGUGUCAGCAACAAUUUCAUUCCCUUGAUACAGUAUUUGAACGAUCAAGUUUCUUUCGAUGCCAGUAGUACUAAAGGUCCCGAGUUUCAACCAGAAAAUGCAUCAUUGAAUGGAAACAUUGGAUUUUGGGAGCCUGAAUAUAUCACUACUGAUCAAUGGUUGGACAUAAAGUUCCAAAAGCCAGAGUCCAUCUAUGGAAUUAUCAUCCAAGGAAGUGCAAUGGAAAAUAAAUUCGUAACUAGCUACAAAGUACUAUUUUCAGAAAAUGGUCACACGUUUUCAUACGUUACGGAUGGUAAAAAGGAGCCGCAAGUAUUCAGAGGACCUGUGGAUCAGUUUAAACCUGUCGAACAAAAGUUUUACGAGCCUAUCGAAGCCAAAGUGAUUCGAGUCAAUCCACUGUCCUGGCACAAUGGUAUAGCCAUGAAAGUAGAGUUGCUUGGUUGUCAAGAAAUGGUGACCACCUCUGUAUCUGUGACAGAAAGUGUCCCAGCAACAACUACAAUGAUUACAGAGGAAAUCAUAAUACCAGUGUGUGAUGAACCAAUGGGGCUGGACAAUGGUUUAAUUUUCUCUGAGCAAGUCUCUGUAUCCUCUUCUUCUACUGAUUUACUACCGAACUUGAAAUUGUCGUCCUCGAGUGUCUGGCAUCCGAAAUUGGACAAUCCACAUCAGUUCGUAAAAAUCGACUUUCUGGAGCCUCGUAAUUUAACUGGAGUCGCUACGAAGGGUGGCGAGAACACUUGGACGACGGUUUACAAAGUGUUUUACAGUAACGACAAUUAUCGGUGGAAUCCAGUCUUGGAUGAAAAUGGCUCCGAAAGAGAAUUUUUGGGCAACUUUGACUCUGAUACGGUUAAGAAGAACUACUUCAACAAACCAUUGUACGCGAGAUAUUUGAAGGUGCAACCGAUUAAGUGGCACAGUCAGAUUGGUUUGAAACUUGAAGUUCUCGGUUGUUUCUUACCUUAUCGUCGGAUCGAAGUAACUACUGAGAAAUUGGAAACAACAGAACCAACAGAACCAACAACAGAACAGCCGUUCAAAAAAUGCAAUGUCUGCGAAGGAGUGAAAAAUGAAAACCAAACUGAUUGCAAAUGCACUAAAUCACUCUGGUGGAAUGGAGAUACUUGUGUUACCAAGCAGGAAUGCCCUUGUGUAGUUGGACAUAUUCUAUACAAUGUUGGUGUAGUUUACAUUGAUGAAAAUUGUCAAGAAUGCACAUGCACCUUGGGUGGUGUCUCUUUCUGUCAGUCAAUAAAGUGUAAACCUUGCGAAUUACCAAACAUGAGGCCAGUGGUUAACGAACUGUGCAACUGUGUGUGCAAACCUUGUCCAAAUGGCACGCUUCACUGCCCAACCAGUGACAUUUGCAUCGAUGAAGAUUUAUGGUGCAACGGAGUUCAAGAUUGUCCAGACGACGAAAAAGAUUGUUCACAGACUAAAGAGACUACUGUAAUGAAAAUAGAAACUACGACUCCAACUACAGUAGUUCCAAUUGUGUGCGAAGAUCCUAUCUGUCCAGUAGGAUAUAAAACAGUCUUAAAAAUACCUAAAGAAUCACAAUACUAUACUAGACCUCAUGCGAGAGAGGGAGUGAAAUCUUUUCGCAAGAAUUCAUGGAGGAAAAAAGGACUAAGGAAAUCUAUGCAUCAUCAUUUGAAACACAGUGAAAAGCCUGAAAUUGAAAAGGAAUGUGUACAAUUCAUUUGCGUGCCUGUGAAACCACCAGUUUUCAAUCAGACUCAACACGAGACCUGUCCAAAGGUGUCUUGUCCACCAGGUUACACAGUUGUUUACGAGAAAAUGAGCAUGUAUAAGCUUCAGAAGUGUCCCAAAUACAGUUGUAAACCUCCACCACCGAUAGAAGCUAUUUGUAACGUGACAGGAAGGACGUUCAACACUUUUGACAGACUAGAGUACAAAUACGAUAUCUGCAAUCAUAUUUUGGCAAGAGACAUGUUCACCAAUAAGUGGUACAUUACACUGGAGAAACAAUGCGACUCGCAUACUGGCCAGUGUAUCAAGGUCUUGGCAGUGGCUCUGGACGCAGAUGUAGUCAUUCUGUACCCUGAUAUGCACAUGGACAUUAACGAAUACAGCUUCACACCAAAGCAGAUAGCCAGAAUCAGCAACAAGUUUCCUUCCUUUAAGAUAGCGAACGUAGGAGAUAUCACGUACUUGGUAUCCAACUAUUACGGGUUUUGGGUGAUAUGGGAUAGCAGUUCGAACGUGAAGAUAGGAAUCUCCACAAAAUUGGCUCGCCAAGUAGACGGUUUGUGCGGAUACUUCGACGGAUACUCUAUGAACGAUAAACAAUUGCCUAACGGGAAUCAAGCUCGAAGCACUUUAGAAUUUGGAGACAAUUGGGCCAUGGAAGGCGUUCCGGAAUGUGAGCCACAGGUCUGUCCGUACGACUUGCAAGCGGAGAGCUGGAACAUCUGUAAUCUAGUGAAGGACACCUCGUUGGUUGAAUGCUCAAGCACCGUGAAUUUGGAGAAAUUUAUAUCCGGCUGUGUAGAAAACACGUGCAACUGUCUGCGCAGUAACCUCACGUACGACGAUUGUCGUUGUCGAUUAUUAACCAGUUUUGUUAGUGAAUGCCAAGCUGGCGACUUGAAUGUAGAUCUGUCUACUUGGAGGAGCACGCAUGACUGUCCAGCAUCUUGCACUCCACCUUUUGUUCACAAAGACUGCUUCAGGAACAAGUGCGAGACCAGCUGCGAGAGCCUGCGACAAAUAGAUCCUUGUCCAGUGAUGCAAGGAGUAUGUUUCUCUGGCUGCUUCUGCCCGGAGGGGACAGUACGUAACGGGGACGAGUGUGUACCCCCUACGCAUUGCAAAGACUGCGUUUGCGAGUGGCUAGGAAACUCCAAGUUUAUCAGCUUCGACAGGAAGAACAUCAAAUUCGAUGGGAACUGCACAUACGUUCUUUCCAGAGACGUCGUUGAAAACGUAAAGGGGAACGAAGGGUACACUUAUCAGGUCUUAGUGUCAAAUAAAAUUUGCGACAGUGGGAUAUGCACCGAGGCAGUUGUAGUUCUCUACCAAGGUCACAUAGUUAAGAUCAAGGAGGGUUUGCCUGCUCAGGAGUUCGAUGUGGAGCUCGAUGGCUCAAAGGUGUACAAGCUUCCUUUCAAUACGUCUUGGUUGAUCCUUGAACAAACGCCAUCGAAGAAAAUGCAGUUGCUGAUACCUUCAAUUCAGUUGGAGAUCAUUGUCUAUCAACCAAACUUCGCAUUCAGUUUGACUGUUCCCUCGCAUAUCUUCGGAGGUGGUAUGGAAGGUCUCUGUGGCAACUGCAACGAAGAGCUAGACGAUGACUUGAAGCAACCGGAUGGUCAGGUUACGGACAAUAUGCAAGAUUUUGGUGCAAGCUGGCUGGUCACAAAACCACCAAAUAAUGUUGACAUAGACACAAGUGCGUGUGUCUUUAACAAUGAGAGCAAAUGCGUUCUACCGCCAGCCGAUCGAGAUCCAUGCAGGAAAUUAUUGGACGCAAUGGAGUUUGGCAUGUGUCACAGUCUUGUUGAUCCAAUGCCGUAUUUCAUGGCCUGUCAAGACAGUAUGUGCUCCGGAGGAGGCUACUGCGACAGUUUCGAAGCAUAUUCGAGAAAAUGUCAGCAAACGGGCGUUUGUCUGAUUUGGAGGAGCAGCGAAAUGUGUCCUUAUGUUUGCCCCCCGCACUUGGUGUAUCAACCUUGUGGGUCUGCUUGUAAAGAGACUUGCGACACAAUUAACGAGAUCAGUGACGCUGCGUGUUCGAGGAAUUACGAAGAAGGUUGUUUCUGUCCUCAGAACCUCAUCUUGCUUAACGAUACUUGCAUUCCAAAGGAAAGAUGCUUGUUGUGCGACGAAGACGGGCACGUCGAAGGUGACACGUGGUUCCCAGAUGCUUGCACGAGAUGCAUUUGUAGUAAGAAGGCCAUCAAUUGCGAGAAAACCGAGUGUCCCGCAGUGGAUACCGUCUGCGAAGAGAACAUGGCGCCUGUGGCCGUUAAUGGGACGCAAGAAGAUUGUUGCACUAAAUACAUUUGUGUUCCAAAGUCAGUAACCACCAUGACACCAUUCUGCACUGAGGAAUCUCAAAUUCCCGAGUGUGGCUACGGACAGAUCACAAAAAUAUCCACAGAUUCGUACGGAUGCAAGAAAUUCAUGUGCGAGUGUCUACCACCUGAAGAAUGUCCUGUUCUCAACGACGUCACGCUGGAAGUCGAGGAGUUAGAACCUGGUUUCGUGCAGGUGACGAAUACCUCUGGCUGUUGUCCAAAAUCUGUGGCCAUGUGCGAUCCUAAAACUUGUCCCUCGGUACCAUCCUGUCCAGAGUAUCACGAGUUGAAGAGUGAUACGAAGCGGGACGCUUGCUGCGCCACGUAUGAGUGCGUACCACCAAAAGAUUUAUGUCUGUACAACGUCGAAUCGCAGAGUAAGAUAGAAAUGUCGGAACACAUAGUAGCAAAGAAACUCGGGGAGCAGUGGACGGAUGGAAAGUGUACUUCCUGCAUUUGCGAGCCUUCUGAAAAGGGGCCCAAGCCAAAGUGCUUCACCACAGAGUGUCUCAGAGCAGCGGAUCACCCAGAUAUAUCUGACUUCGUCGUGGAAGAGGUUCUCGCUGAGGAUAGAUGUUGUCCUGGCUUCGAGAGAACAGCUUGCAAGGAUGGAGACAAGGUUUACGAGAUUGGCGACGUCUGGCAACCGAAUCUCGAGGACAGUUGCACCUUGGUGAAAUGUGUCAGGGACGAGAACGGAGUGGAGAAGCAGAUGCAGGUGCAAGAAUGCGUCACCGCAUGUGACCCUGGCUUUGAAUAUCGGCCCACGGAUAACAGAAGUAUCACUUGCUGCGGACGAUGCGUCCCAGUAGCUUGUGUGAUCAACGACAGAGUGAUAAAUGUAGGAGAACAGCUACUCUCUCCUGAUUUUUGCACCAAAUAUUCCUGCCAGUCCAACAACGAGCGUGUCUACGUGGAAUCUCUCACAGAAAAAUGUCCAGAGAUAGACGCUCGGGACGCGGCUGAAUUUGAGAUAGAAACACGGAAUAUUCCAGGCCAAUGUUGCCCGCAGUUUGUUAAAGUUGCUUGUCGUCACAACGGCACCGUGUACAGGCCUGGAGAGAAAUGGAAAUCGUUGGAUGACAAAUGUGCUACGGAGGUCUGUGUAUUGGACGACACUGUGACAAAGUACAAAGACACAGAAGUUUGCAACAAAAAUUGCCCCCUUGGAUGGGAGUACCAGGAGAAUGAGUCUGAAUGUUGUGGAAAAUGCAAGCAGGCUUACUGCGUCGUCGGAGAUACGUUGUACAAGCCUGAUGCAACCUGGUCUUCCUCUGAUAAUUGUACCUCAUUUUCUUGCAUGGCUCAGAGAGAUCAACUAAUGAUCAGCAGCAGUUCUGUGGUCUGUCCUGAUGUAACCGAUUGUCCAGCGACCUCGAUUUACAUACAGAACUGCUGCAAGAUGUGCAAUUUCACGGCGCUUAAUCAGAAGGUUGACUCUUGCGCUGCUGAUGUCUUGGAGCUGCAAAACACUAUCGGUAUGUUCAGCAUCAAGCAUCGAGGACACGGCGUUUGCAAGAAUUUGGAGCCCAUUGAUGGAGUCACGGAGUGCCGUGGUAAAUGCGAAUCCACCACCUACUUCGACACAGACAAUUGGAAUCAGGUAACAAAUUGCCAAUGCUGUCAACCAACGGAGUUUAAGCCUCUGAUUGUCGAACUGACUUGCGAAAACUAUCGAACGUUCAAGAAACAAAUUGCCGUGCCAAUCUCUUGCACUUGCUCAGCCUGUACGUCGGGUGGGACUGGUUACAAGGGAAGAAAGGGCGGAGUAAAGGGUUAAAGACUUAGAAUGCUAAUUAUCACAAUUGCUGUAAUUGAUAUAUAAACGCAAGCUUGAAAAUAGACUCGAGAAUACAAAAAUA